CGCCAUUUUGUCAAGAACGUUACGGUUGUGAAGUGAAUUUGUGAUUUAAAAAAAACAUUUAUUGGACAUUUUUCAUUAAGCAUUUAGCUGCGUGGCAGCGAGCAGGUGGAGGAAAGUUCGACGCCAGCUGAAGAAAUAGUAAAAAUGUAUCAGCUUCCUGUAACCAAGUUGGAAACAAUCAGAAAGUCCAGGAAAAAGGUGAAGAGGAUCUUGUCUGAUAUUGGUCUACAAUACUGUAAAGAACUGCUGGAGGAAUUUAAAAGUUAUAAUCCAGGGGAUUACUACAUGAAAAACACAUCAUGGACUGACUUUUCAAUAUGGCACCCAAGUAAAAAGUCAAAGGCCUAUCGAGCAAAACCGUAUUUCUGUAGCCUAUGCGAUUUCUCAACAAAAUUUAUUUCUGCUUAUAAGAGUCACAUGCGAUGUUUCCAUGAGGAUGAAAUGGAUAUGGAAAUGUUGGUCAGCUGUCCUAAUUGCACAUUUAUCGCUCACCCCAAGCAUAUGAAGAAGCAUGCCAAAAUAUUCCAUAUUGAUACUCGGAAAGCAUCCAACAUUGCUAACCACGUCAACACAGAUCAAGGGAGACAGAUGCAACCCAAAGUGUAUCAGGGCAAAAUGUCAAAUCUCGUCCAGCCAGUUUAUUUUUGCAGAGUAUGUUCCUACAAAGAUGUAUCAUUGUAUGGCAUCAAGAAACAUGUCUUUCUAUCCCAUUUUGGCAGUUUAGUAAAUACCUACAUCGGUCAGGUAGAGGACCAGGUAGAGCUUUCGGUGUACAAGUAUUUUUGUAAAGGAUGCCAAAUGAAAAUGGUCACCUAUGAUGCCUUACUAUAUCAUGUUCUGGACAAACAUAAGGAAGUGGAAGGUCCAGUGAGAGCUACAAUUGGACACAUAACAGAACUGAGACCCAAGCUACAUAUUGCUCCUAAGCCUCAAAUAAGCCAGACUUCUUUGCCAGUGCCUCUCAGUGUGAAUUCAGCAGUGUCAUCGUGUAACGUCAGACUAGCUGGACAAAUGCUUUCCUGUGUGAAGACUGCUGCUUCGGCACCCACCAUUAGACCAAUUGGUCCAGUGCUCUCAUGUGUGAAAACAGCUGCUUCAACAACAAACAUAAAACCAUCUCUUCCAGUAAUUUCCAGCAUGCAGUCACCAAUAACAGCACCCGUACAACAGUCACUUAAUGUAUUAGCACUUCCUCAGAAUUUUGGUCCAGUGACUUUGGGAUCAUUGAGACCAGCUAUGAAUGCUUUUCCUUUACAAAGCAAUCUGAUCCCAGUUACUGUAGCUACAACUGGCCCUGGAGGAGCUUCAAAGCCAGGCCAGGUCAACCUUGUGCCUGCUACUUUUCAAGUGGGCCAGAAUAAUCUUGCAAUUAGAGCAGUGGGUCCUGUCCUUCCUCAGGCAUUUUUGAUGCCACAAGGAUUGACUGUGGAUCAGACAGUAAGACCCAGUAUUCCAGGAAAUGUUUUAUCAGCCAGUUCACAGACAGUUAAGCAUCUAAUUCAGAGCAACAAACACGUUAAUGGCGUUCCUGCAUACACACUAACUCCAGUUCAGUUCUCCUUGCCUGUUGCUUCAACUACUACAACAAACCACAAACCUGGGGUGCUUUCUACAACACAAGUGCCACUUAAUAAUGCCCAAACAAAUAAAAUGACAUCUGUAUCUCAGCAACCACUAAACGAACCCUCAGUAAUAACUGUUGCAACAGUGGAGCAGAAACAGAGUCCACCAAUACCUGCAGUUACUCUAAAUUUGACAGCACAGAGUACCAAAGCUCAACAGUGGAAGAGUUGCUCCAUGUGCAGUGCAUUGCUACCACUGAGUGCUUAUGAUAAUCAUGUUGCAACUGCACACAAGGCCGAGGAGCCUAGUGACAAACCUGAGAAGAUUGUAGCCUGUGCUACUUACCUGCAGAGAGUACGUGCUCACAUAUGCAAGUGUCUUUUCUGUAGAAGCUACGUUCAUAAAAAUGUACUCAUUUCCCAUUUGCUGAUGCAUGGCCUAACUUGUUUGUUCUGCUCCUUGACGUUCCAUGACCUAUCAAAAUUUUCAGAACAUGUCAAGGCCUCGCAUGCUGGGCUAAGGUUUGAAUCUGUUGAAAAUGUUAAAGAUGGAGUUUCAACUUAUAACCAAAUAAAUGGUGGCAGCUUUAACUUAACUGUUAAGUUGCCAGAAGCUAAAAUUGGCCCUAAUGAUAUUCACUUGACACUUAUUCCAAACAAAAUGUCUUCUCCUCAUGCACCUUUAGUAAUUGAGGUGUGCAGACAAAAGGAGGAGGAAGAGGAAAUCAUCAUGAAACCUAUAACAGAAGAGUCUCUAAGCUCAAAGUGUCCUUUUUGUUCAAAACAUUUUUCCAAUUUAAAAUAUGAAAAGCAUUUGCAAGAAAGUCAUCAUGUGGCAUCUAUGGUUCAUCCACUGCUGAAAAUACCAUCGUUUAAGUGUAUUCACUGUCUUGGUGUGUACACAGAUAGCAUGGCAACUUCAACAAUCACUCUUCAUCUGUUGCGUUGCAGAGGCCUUAACAAACAGCAAGGUAAUGCUUUGCCAAAAAACACUAUGCAGUCAAAGCGUGCAUUUUCAGAAAAUGGCAGGAAAUCAGGGACUGAACCAGUUUCAAAUGGUGAUGGAAAAAAAUUGGCAUUGUCACCUCCAAAACGAUUAAAGACUGAUGUAGUAGCAACUGAUUAUGAAGUUUCUGCCCAAACACUGAAUGACACAGCUAACACUUCACACUCCGUACCCUCACCAGAUCCAUCAACAGUUUUGGCACUAGUUCCGAAAGGAUUUGAGAGUCGUCCCUAUGAAGAAAGAAAGGGGUUCCUUCUUGACUACUUUCACAAGCAACCUUACCCUAGCAAUAAAGAAAUUGAGAUGUUAGCUUCAAUCUUGUGGCUAUGGAAGAAUGAUGUUGCUCUCAUCUUUGGCACAAAACAAAAAUUGUGCUUGAAAGCAAUGAAGUACAAACCAUUUGUGCUUUUGGGAUUCAACAUGUCAGAACUUAAGAAAGUAAAGCACAGUUUAACACUGAGUUAGAUUUGAUUUGGGGAACAAAACUGGUUUGAACAAACAACCAGAAUAUUGAACAGAAGUUAGUGUGUCUACCUUGGUCAUGUGCUACAAAUACAGGGAGCCAUCCAUACUCAAAGACAAUCAAAGAAAAAGAGUUAAUGUCCUAAUCAUUUUCCUUUAGGGGUUGCCUUCCUGUGCCACACUGGUUACAAUUCCUUGUGGUUGGAAGCUUGAGAUCAAGAUGAAUCUAAGUGGAAAUGUUUAACUUGAAUCCUGCUUAAAACCAAAAAAUGUUAUGUUUAUUUAAAACCACUUUAUAUGGUUGCUCUGUGGUUUGCAGAAAAAUGUAAACUUGUGUAAAGGCAGGAAGAGAUUUAUUGGUAUUAAGCACAGAUACAGUACAUGAUAGGCUUUGCUGUCAAUGUUACAAGAUUGAGUUAAUGUGCAACACUGACUUUUUCUUGGCUCAAUUUACAAAGUUCCUGCCUUGCAGUGUUUUAAGUUUGAAAUGCUGUAAACAGGAGGGUGAGAAGUAUAGCUUAUUUGGUCAAACGAUGCAAAGUUGCUUCUGGUGUUGCGUUUGUUGCGUCUGCAUAAGCCCCACAUUGCCCAUUUCACAGUUCCAAUGGUCAUGAAGGCUUUCGAACUCAACCUCCUCCUGCCUUGUUUUACCUGCUUUUCACUACCAUAAUUUUGUAUUUAUUUCCACAGAUGGUUAAACAUCAGACUGUCCUCAUUAUCCAAUAAUUAGUCAUACAUUUCUCUAAUGUUGAUGUGCAAUCGCUUGUAUUUUCAUAAACAAUGGAGACUAAAUAAUAUAGACUGUAAAUGGGAGGUAGUUUAUAAAUUUAAAUUUGCUCUAAUUGCACGAGCAAUUUUCCACUUAAAUUCUAGGAUAUUUUAUUUAAAGGGCAAUGCCUGUUACAUGACUGAAAUCUAUCUUGCAUUGAAUUUGUACUGUAAAGUAUUAGCUAUUUUUCCUCCCUUCAUUUGUCACUUCUGUUACAUUAAACACUAAUACUAUUAAAUAGCCAUUGAAUGCUGUCUGGUCAGCUAGUCAGAAGACAGCAUACAUUUGAACAUUUCAGAAUUGCCAGGUAGCUUGAUAUUUUGGCAAUGUUCAAAUGUGGCCUUGCUUUUAGAUUGUAUGCCUGAAAUGGGGACAUAAUAUCUCAGAUCUAACUUUUAAGUGCUGUUGGAAACUGCAGCAUUUAUUAAUUUUUUGGUGGUGUUUUGGUCUGAAUUGUAUAUCAUUAUUGAUCAGUAAGAAAAAUAAAUUUGAGUUACCAUUUGCUACAGCAAGCUGAUUGAAGUGUUGGGAAAGCUCCAAUGAAGAGGAUGGAAAUUUUUAAACAAAUAACACUCCACUAUAGUUCUUGCAAGAAACUACCUUCUCUCUCUCCACGCCCCCCCCUCCCCUCCACCCCCCACUGCAAACCCAAAGUGUGUGCUAGGUAGCCUUGGCUGGUUCACUUCAGGAUUGAUUGAGAUGUUAUUGAUAAGGAAUGUCAGUGGUUUUUGCAGCAACAAACUUCACAGCUUUUGCCAGUCAUGGGAGGAAAAGAUUGCAGGAUUUUUUUAAUAAAAGCACAAAUGUCCUUUUUAAUCCCUUCAUUUUCUUUAUCUUCCAGUUUUUUUGUGAUCUUCCUUUCCAUUAAACUAUUAUUUACCUUUUAGUUCAGAAGGGAAAAUUGAGAAAUGAUACGCAGUGACCAGAAUCAGCCAAUUAAAUAAGUGCAGUUCUGUUGCUGCAUUAAAAACUGAAAAUGCUGGUAAAACUCAGCCAGUUAGGUAGCAUAUGUGGAAAGAGAAUAUGGUCGACUUUUUGGGUCUGCAACCCUUUGUCAGAGCUCGUCAAACUGAACUGACAGUUCUGAUGAAGAGUCACAGACCCAAAACGUUGAUAGUCUCUUGCCACAGCAGUUUCCUGAGCUGAGGAUUUCCUGCACAUGCAAUUUUUAAAAAAAUUUUCAUCUGUUGCUGCAUUAUCCACUUACGUUCUACUGAUCCCUGCCAUGUUUACUACCUGAAAAAAUGGACGAAGGAUCACAUCUUGGACUGUGCCAUUUUCAGUUGUGGUGACAUUUGAUCCUUAGGCCAGCAGAAGAAAAGGGGAGGCGGUCAUCAAGGUACACAUCAGCUGGAACAUGACAAUUUUUAAGAGUUAGCAGUAAGAAAAAUGAAAACCAAGAGAUUGUCCUUAACCAUUUUAAAUUAAUGGUUGUCUACAUCAUGUACCUUGAUUCAAGUAAUUAAACGUGAUUGCACUCGAUUUCUCAGUUCUGAAUGUUUUCAGAGAACCAUUGCACACACUUCCAGGUUUUAAUGCAUAGCCUUCAUUUUAUUUUACUGCAAUUUUGUUCUCACUUGCAUAAUACAGUAACUAUGCAUGAUUCCAUACUCAACAGUUAUGAUCUCCCUGAAACAAUUAAAAUCGCUCUAUGGAAGAUAAUUAGUACUUCACAAAAAAUACAUUGUAUGACAUGAAAUUGGGUUUGUUAAUGUACUUAUUUUAAACCAAUUUUAAAAAAAGAUUUAAGAGACUUAUGAUUAAUCUUGACAAAGUGACUGCUUUUUACCAUAGGAUAACCAUAAGUGUUCUAAACAUUUAGUCUUUCAAAAUGGCAAAAGCCUUUCUAAAAUUACUUGAGCAGUGGUGAUGCUCAAGGCCAAAUGACAGAAUUUUGUUUCUGCACUGAUUAAAUAUACAUUGCAUUUUUAUGCAUAUUACUAAACGUACAUGACGUGGGGUACAUGUAUUCAUUUGUGUACGUCUCCAGUACUUGACUGGUAGUAGAAGCUUGUUAAAACUGUCCUUGUUGAUAACUGGUUUACUGUUAUUCACCAUAGCUGGUUUGUCUUAGUUUGUUCUCAUAGUGGUUGUAAUUUCAGUACGAAACAGGUGCUUGUACAUGCAACUUCUGUGUUGUGUUGACAAUUUGUGUGCAGUUAGUGAUGUAAUUACUUGUACAUAGUAAUACAAAGUACUUUUUUUAAAGAAGCAUUUUCUGUAUUUGUGCAGUGAUUUGUUUUGUAAAAUGACUUUUCUCUCCCAGGGUGGAAAUCCUUUUUAUGAAAUACAUUAAGGUUUUAAUAACCUCAGAGGGGUUUUAUGCCAUUUUUUAUAUUCAUUGUGAGUAGUUGAAUUUUGCCCAAGUACAAAAUAAAAAAAAUGAAAUUCCUUUUUGCAUUUUUGUAGCAUUUGAUCAGUGUUCCUCUUUUACACAGAUAUGUGACAUGAAAUAUUUGAAGGCAGAUAAAUGGAGAUGUUACAUUGUUUGUUUAAUUUAUCUGUACCACUGAUGACGGUACAGAUUUGUUAUGGUGUUUGACAUGACCCCACAAAAGUAGGCAAGACCUAUUGAAUUCCAAGUCAACCUAUAAUGCAGUAACUUGCCAAUCAACCUACAAUCAACUAUAGAAAUGUUGUAGUCAUACAGCACAGAUAUAGGCUCACUAUUCAGAGGCCCUCCAAUUUGUGUCAUCUGCAAACUUAAAUCACACCUCUGACAUCCAAGUUGUUUAUGUAUAAAACAAUAAGGGUUCCAGUACCUAUCCCAGUGAUACACCACUGGUCACAGGGCUGUAAUCACAAAAGCAACACAAAUGUCCUUUGUUUCACCAGAGGUCAACACUCAAGUACACACUACAAACAACACAACUUCUAAAGUGGAGUCAAUAACAUGUUGUGUAUUAGCAUACUAGAGAAUGGUACCAAAGCACUUGUUCAAAAAACAAAAGAUGAGAAAUGAACCUCACAGACAGAGGUCAAUCAAACUGGCAGCAGGGAUUGGAGGGGGUUGUGUAGGGGGAAGGGAAGAGUCUGCAACCAAAGCACAUCACAUUUUUAACAAAAACACAAAAUACUGGAAGAACCAGAUCAGGCAGCAUCUGUGGAAAGAAAAAUAAUGUUUCAGGUUGAAGAAUCCUUCAUCAGAACUUAUUAGCAACUUUUUGAAAAUUACUAUUCAAUCCACUACCACCACCCUGUCAGGCAAUUCAUUCCAGAUCACAACCUUGAAAAACCAUUUCUUACCUCUGGCUCUCUCGACAAAUACCUCAACUCUGUUUCCUUGGGUUACAGACUCAUCUGCUGAUAGAAGCAGCUAUUCCAUUUUCUCUGUCGUAACUCUUCAGGAUUUUGAAUACUUAUAAUAAGCCUCCUUUACAUUCUUGGCUCUGAUGUGAAUAAUGCUAGUUUCUCAAGUCUCUCCAUGCAUUAGUACUCUCUCCUUCC